AUAUCACUUUGUUAAAGAUUGCAUGUGAAAUUAAUAAAUAUUGUAUUUUGAAUAAGGAUCUUGACAAGGAGGACGAAUUACCACUUCGUCAAGUACCAGUUGAGGAAAUCUUGUUGGCACAGCGAGAGGAAAUGGAAGCAAGGCAAAAACGCGAAAAACUUAAGAACAAACUAUUGCAUGAUCAAGGGUUUAGUGUGGACUUUACUGAAACUGAUUUAUAUUAA